CACUCCCCCAGCAUUGGAUGACUGAAGAGGAAGAUCAAUGCAACCAGCAGAGGAACUUUAAAGUGGAACAGGAAGAACCGGAACAUCCACAGACUAAAGAGGAAUCAGGGGAGGUCUUCAUCAGUCAGGAUGAAGAUCAGAUUGAUCUGAAGCAGGAGACUGAUACCUUGAUGGAGAUUCCUACUUAUGAGGAAGAUGAGAACAGUGAAGCAGAUCUAAACAAUCAGCAGAGGAACUUCAGAGUGGAACAUGAGGAACCAGAACCUUCACAAACUGAAGAGGAACAAGGGGAGCAACAAUUUCAACAGAUUAAAGAGGAACCAGAACCACAACAGAUUAAAGAGGAAUCAGGGGAACUCUGCAUCAGUCAAGAUGAAGAUCAGCUUGAUCUGAAGCAGGAGACUGAUACCUUGAUGGAGAUUCCUACUUUCGAGGAAGAUGAGAACAGUGAAGCAGAUCUAAACAAUCAACAGAGCUUUAAUGUAACUGAUAGUCAUGAUGGAGGAAACCAACAUGUAGAAUCAACAUCAACUACAGAUGAAGAGACAGAAUCAACAUCAACUACAGAUGAAGAGACAGACCCACAGAACAGAGAUCAGAGGAAGAGGAGGGACAGAAGUCAUGUCCAAACUGGGUCUGAUGAAAGAUAUUGUGCAUCUAAAAAAUGUGGUAAAAAGUUUAGUGGGCGGCCUCAGUUGAAAUUUCACAUGAGAACUCAAACAGGAAGGAAGACAUUUUCUUGUAAAAACUGUGAAAAAAGUUUCAGUUAUAAAUUUAAUCUCAAAACACACAUGAGAACUCACACAGGAGAGAAGCCUUUUUCUUGUAAAGAAUGUAAAAAAAGUUUUAGUCAAUUAUCUAGUCUCAAAUCACACACGAGAACUCACACAGGAGAAAAGCCUUUUUCAUGUAAAGAAUGUGAUGCAAGUUUUAGUCACAAAUAUAGUCUAGAAACACACAUGAGAACUCACACAGGAGAAAAGCCUUUUUCAUGUAAAGAAUGUGAUGCAAGUUUUAUUCACAGAUCUAGUCUCAAAACACACAUGAGAACUCACACAGGAGAAAAGCCUUUUACUUGUAAAGAAUGUGAUAAAAGUUUUAGUCACAGAUCUAGUCUCAAAUCACACAUGAGAACUCACACAGGAGAAAAGCCUUUUACUUGUAAAGAAUGUGAUAAAAGUUUUAGUCAAAUAUCUCAUCUCAAAUCACACAUGAGAACUCACACAGGAGAAAAGCCUUUUACUUGUAAAGAAUGUGAUAAAAGUUUUAGUCAAAUAUCUCAUCUCAAAUCACACAUGAGAACUCACACAGGAAAAAAGCCUUUCCCUUGCAAUAAAUGUGAUGCCAGUUUUAGUCGAAUAUCUAUUCUAAAAACACACAUGAAAACUCAUGCAGGUGAGAGAUAGUUUUUAUGGCUGAUUAAUGGCUCAGUCAUAAAUGUAAUUUAGUAAAAUACAUUAGAACUCACACAGGUGAGAAGCUUUUCUUUUUUAACGAAAACAUUUUUUUAUAAAGGAUUUACAGAAAGAUUUCAACUACGAAAACAGAAAAACAUAGAGCAGAAAACUUGUACAGUAUAUGGGAAAAUAUUGUGAAAAAGCCAUUUGGUCGUUUUUUAUUUUUUUUAUUU